AUGUCUGGUGCUCAUCUUCUUACCCUUGGAAGUUCAACUACACGAUUUGAACAAUUAUUAAAAUUGUCAAAUCUUUCUAAUUCUGUAAUGUAUCGUCAUGAUGUAAUAAAAUUUGACCGUCAAGACGAUGGUGCAGCGUAUUGUGUAUUUUGUUCAGGAAAUUUACAAAAUUGUCAUGAAGCUCACGAUACUGAAGAAGAUAUACGAGGACUUUUUGUAUAUCUUUUCAUAAUGAGUGAACUUAUCAAUAGCUACUUAAACUGUGAAAUAACUCCAUUAAAAAGAAUUAAAAUCAAGAACUUUUUAGCUGGUCAAAGUUUUGCAAUUUUUGUUUCUCUUGCGGAGUCUAUGGUCUUGUUGGUAAAAGCACAUCAGGAAUAUUACCCAAAUUAUCCAUUUUUACCAUGGAUGCAUGGAUCAGAGGCUUGUGAACACUUUUUUGGCAUGGCGUGUCAAAUUAAUUCUGAUUUUAAUUAUUCAGAAUUGUUACAAUUAGUUCCAAAAAUUUCUCAAUGUACCAAAGCAUUAAGAAUAAAAAAUGUUACAUUGGAAAAAGAAAAAUCAGUUCGUGAUGGUUAUUAUUUUGAUUACAAUAUCGGAAAUAUUAAUCCAAGCAAGUUAGCAGAAUUAUGUGCUUGGCCAUCAGACAAGGAUAUUACUUCAGCUGUUAAAUAUUCUUACAAAUUGGUAUCUGAACUUGCUAAAGCACUUGAUAUGGAAUCUACUUCAAAUAUGAAUCAUUCACUAUUACUGCCAUUUCCAACUUUGGAACUGGAAAAUGAUUCAAAUGAAUUCUUUGAAAUCGAUAGAGAAAUUUCUAAUGCAAUUAGUCAAGCAUCCAAGCAUACUACCAAAAGAAUUGAUGAUGUUCUUGAUUUAUCGAACAUUAAAAAUCAAUUUACUCAUGCAUAUAAUUCAAGACCAAUUGAAAGACAAAAUCGUGCACAUAUGAUUGGUCAUGAAAAUACAAAUACUAUUAAUUCAAAUAGGGUUAGUCAUAUAAUUUCACAUUUUACAAAUAAUGAUAAUCUGACAGUACGAUUUAUUAAACAACGUGAAAAACGAUGGAAAGAAAAUUGGAAGGUAAUAACAGCUAAUAUUGCAAGUUUACAUAAAUUUGAAUUAUCAAGGCAAAGACAAACUGAUAAAGUUACAAAUAAAAUUAUAUGUGUUGAAUCAGCAAAUAUUACUCAAGAUUUUCCAUUGCAACAAAGUGACUAUGUAAUUGCAUUGUAUGGGACAAAAAUUUGUAUUGCUAAAAUAAUAGCAAUGUAUUAUGAAGGUUAUGGUAACCAUUAUUAUAGCCAAAAUGCAGUAACUCAAAUUGAAGAUUUGUCUUAUAUUUCAUUACAAUGUCCUCAAAAUAUUAUAUAUCAUAUUAAUUCAAAUGGAGUAAUAAUUGGUGAUAGUUCACUAACUUUAACAGGAGUAGCACGUAGUAUUUUUAAUUAUUUUAACCGUGAUACUAUUAAAAAUAGCAUUAUUAAUAUGAUACAAUAA